UUUAUAUAUAAACACCUCUUCUGUCUCUCUCUACAUCAGUUCAGAACCACAGAAAUACAGAGACGGAGAUGUGUUGGACACGCAGAGCGUGGAUCGUCGCUGCCAGCGUGGGAGCCGUAGAAGCACUGAAAGAUCAGGGCUUCUGCAGAUGGAACUACCCAUUAAGAUCAUUCCAUCAGCAGGUGAAGAAGAACAUCCGAUCAUAUACACAAGCCCAAAGACUCUCUCCCUCUAUCGAUUCUUCUUCUCGUAUAGCAGCACUGAAGAAAAGAUGCGAUGAAGAGGAGAAGCAAAAGCAAUCAGAGGAGUCACUGAGGAAAGUUAUGUAUUUGAGCUGUUGGGGUCCCAACUAAAACGCAGAGGAAGAAAACCCACCUGAGAUUUUGUCAAAUGAAGAUAAUCACACUACCUAAUUGUAAUUUUUACUAGAAAUACAUAUACAAUAAGACGGAUUCAUUACAAAUGUUUUUUUUGCUAUUA